GAGUGUGGGAGCAAGGCUCACAAUAAUUUGCUUCUCAGGCAGAACAUGAAAUGUGCCUUUUUUUCCUAUAAGCUUUCUUUUUUAUUUAGCCAGUACUCAGUUGCAAUUUCUAACCUUCUUCCACCUGACAAUGGGAUAAUCCCUCAGCCUUGUGGUGGAGACCACUGCUCAGUUUUCAACGAUGAACAAGUUUCUAACAGCCGUGGGCUCCGGGAGGAAGAGGGGUCGCUGUAGUUUGAGACUGGAUGGCAGUCUGACGUUGUGGUGCGGGUAUCUCCUGCUCCUGGGACAAUCCAGCCUCGCUGAUGUGGCAAAGUGCCCCGCACAGUGUCACUGCCCAAAACCCACGCUGUGCCGUCCAAGCGUGCACCUGGUUCUAGACGACUGCGGCUGCUGCUCAGUUUGUGCUCGGCAGUUCAAUGAGGAAUGUGGCUUGCUUCGACCUUGUGACCGUGACCGUGGGCUCCGCUGCCAAUUGGAGGCCAGGACAAAUGCCACAACCGGAAUCUGCAGAGCCAGCAACAUGGGACGGCCUUGCUUCCUGAACGGCAGAGUUUUCCAACACGGCGAGAGCUUCAUGAAGAGCUGCCGGCUGCAGUGCAGCUGCCGGGAGGGCACGGCCCACUGCUCCCCGCUCUGCCCGGAGAAGCUGCCGGCGCCGCCCGCCUCCUGCGCGGACGCUCGGCCCGUCAAGGUGGCUGGCACCUGCUGCGAGCGGUGGAAGUGCGUGACGCCCCGCUCAGGGGACCGCAAGGCGUGGGCGCCACCCGAGUGGAGGGAGUUUGUCGCCGGCCUCGGGAAAGCGGUCAAGUCGCCGAAUGCAGCACACCGACAGUUGGAAACGAAACACAAGACCCUGAACCCUGACCGCCUGGAUGUCAAACGCUACUUCGACCGCCCUGAGGUGAAAGGUCAAUUGAUGAGACAAAACUUCAGCUAUCCUGACUGCCUGGUCAGGAACACAAAGUGGUCGACCUGUUCGCAGACCUGUGGCAUGGGAAUUUCAUCCAGGCUGAGCACCAACAACACCUGGUGUCAACCGAAAUGGGAGACCAGGCUGUGCCAGAUCCGGCCCUGUGAUAUGCUCAAUGAGGUCAAUCUCCAGGGAGGCAAGAGGUGUCGGAACAGCAAGAAGGAGCUGGAGCCCAGGCUGAUUUCUUACCAAAGUUGCACCAGCCUGAGGAAAUACAAGCCCAAGUACUGUGGCUUGUGCACUGAUGGUCGCUGCUGUUACCCUGCUGAGACCAGGACCAUGAGAGUGCGUUUCUACUGCCUGGUCAGAGGAUUUAUUAUCAAGCAGGUCAUGAAGAUCAAGAGGUGUGAAUGUAACUGGCAAUGCCAGCACCAGAGUGCCCACUUCUGGGUAGACAAUGCCAAACCCUACAGGUCCAUUAACCGACAGAUAGGUACCAAAGGCAUCCACGGCAAUUUUUAAACCAUUAUUGCAUUCCAGUUUACAAUUGACCUGCAGUGUUCAAUGGUCUAAUUGAUCUGUAUUUGGCUUGUGGAUUGACCUGUGGUCACUGUGUUUGAUUGAUUCGUGCUUAGAUGCUGCUUCUAAGCUUAACAUAAACAGAAACUUGCAAAAAGA